UCUAGUCAGCCAGCAGCUGACCCAACCUCCGGUCACCAUGAAGGCUCUCCUGACUCUGGGACUCCUCCUGCUUUCUGUCACUGCCCAGGCCAAGGUCUAUGAACGUUGUGAGUUUGCCAGAACUCUGAAAAGGAAUGGAAUGGCUGGCUACCGUGGUGUCAGCCUGGCCAACUGGGUGUGUUUAGCUCAGCACGAGAGCAAUUAUAACACACAAGCUACAAACUACAACCCUGGAUCCCGAAGCACCGACUAUGGGAUAUUUCAGAUCAAUAGCCGAUACUGGUGUAAUGAUGGCAAAACUCCAAGAGCUGUGAAUGGCUGUAGGAUACCUUGCAGUGCUCUGCUGAAGGAUGACAUCACUACAGCCAUACAAUGUGCAAAGAGGGUGGUGAGAGAUCCCCAAGGCAUUCGAGCAUGGGUCGCAUGGCGUAAACACUGUCAAAAACGAAACCUAUCCCAGUAUAUUCGGAACUGCGGAGUCUGACCGCUGUGUGCUUCUACUGCAGCUCAUUCUGUCUCUUUCUCACUGUACGAAUAGAUAUGGGGAAGGCCACACUUCUUCGUUUUCC